AACAUCAUUUUCAGUUUGUGGCAGUAAGUUAAGCGGUUAACAUCGUACACGCGUUGUGUAUUGCAAGUCCCCCCCUUUCGCAUGGAUGUUUGGUGAUAAUUCAUUGUGAAAAUUUAUGUGAAGGAACAACAUAAAAGUGUCUUGGGUGACUUCAUAAAAAAUAUAAGUACAUAAUACUAAAGCUAGAGGAGACAUUACAAGUGAACCUUUCUCGGUGGUGACCUAAAAGUGAAAAAGUUAAUUGAAUUGCGAGUAAACAGCAAAAUCUCCAGCACAAAACAACGUCUUAUUUUAAGGAUAAUCCGUUGAAGUUUUUUCAGUGAGACGGAAAAUCCCUUCAGGCAGUGACUUUACGCGCGUCUACAUUGAAUGAACUUUCUUGCAAAUUAGAUGAUGUAUAAUUAAAUUAUCAAGGAAGUCAGAUUAAAAAAAAUUCGUACCGAGAUGGACAAAACAGUCAUAUUUUGCUUUAUUGCCGUCUUUGGGGUACUCUUGCUGUCUGCAUCAACAGAUGCUUGCUCAUGUGCACUUGAGCAUACACAGACCAAAAUAUGCAAUUCGGAAUUCUCGAUUAUUGCUCGUGUUUUGGGACGAUAUGUGCGACCGGUAAAUAGGCAAAUUGUCUACAAACUACAAAUCUUAAAGAUAUACAAAAUGAAGGAUAGUGAGCCACAUCCCCUCAAAAUUCGGCGAAUAGUAACAUCUUCACAGGACUCAACGUGCAUGGUUGACCUUAAACCAGGUCGAACGUAUGCUAUUGCAGCUAGGAGCACCCAUAUCACACUUUGCGAUUUCGUGCAGGAGUACAAAAAAUUAACAGUAGUGGAACGUCGUGGAAUUGCCAGCACAUACAGCAAAGGCUGUGAAUGCGAUAUUAAGCCCUGCUUCACAAAUGAUUGCCCCCCAAUGGAGGGAACAUGCAAUUGGUCUUAUAUGUCUCCAUGUGAAACAAACUACGGCGUAUGCACCCCGUCACGGGGAAAACUCACACCCGAUGGAAAACCCACAAAAUGUCACUGGAAAAGGAGUUCCCCCUACAUGAGUUGCAUAAUGAUGCCGUAAAAGGAAUAUUUCGUAAUACUUUAUGAGAUUUCUGUGGUUUUCUCACAAUUUAGCACCAAAUCAACCAGCACAGUAUGUAACAAAUAUUUAUUUAAAUACAGAGAAUAUUUUAUAAUAAAAAAAAUAUAUUUAAUACUUCGCGAAAUGUAAAAGAAGAGAAAUAAUCCAAAAUAGGAUUUGUAACUUAUUUAUGUGCUUUUUAUGCGCAAACAAAUGGAAAGCUUUCGCUUCAUAGAACAAUGAGAUUUUGCUUAGCUUUGGGACUUUUUUUUUGUUCCUAAAAUUCUCUGAAGGAAGGAAAUUGUGUUUUGACUUUUUUAUGCUUUCUUCUUUAUCGAAUGUUUCUGAGAAUUCUUUGCAGUCAUCUGGAAAUCUUUUCCUAUUUCCCGAUAAUUUUGUCUGCGAUUCAAAUCUUAUUUAAAAGAUAAAAAAAAACAUUUAAAAUUAAAAGUUUAAAUUUAAAUUAAAAUGCCUUUGAAAAUUAUUUUCCUUUCCUUGUAAUUUAAUUGUAGAAAGUAUUUUUGUAAUGUUAGCAGUUAAUACCACACAUAAUUAUUUAAGUACAAACAUUUAGCACUUUGUACGUGCUGAAAUUUUGUAAGCACUUUGUGUACUUUCUUAAUAUAUUUUUUAAAGAACCUGCGACUUGACAAUAAA